UCGAUCGCCAUGUCUACCGUCCAAACAAUUACUGCGGCGAUUCCGUCCUUGACGCUCCGCAACAAGAGCGACCAGGCGGACCCGACCAACCAGCAAGAGCCGUACAAGUAUGCGCACCUCCUGCCCGUCUUCCCGAAGGACGAGCACUACCCGCCCUUGACGCCUUUCGAGCACGUCGACCCCGGCAGCCGUGCGCUGUCGCACCCGAACCCCCGCGCGUUCCUUGAGAAUGCCACAAGCGUGGACGAUAUCACGCCCAGGCUGGGCACGGAGGUUCGCGGCGUCAAUCUCGCGGAGCUGGAUAACGCAGGACGCGAUCAGUUGGCCCUCGAGGUUGCCAGGAGGGGCCUUGUGGUGUUCCGCGACCAGCAGGACUUUAUCGACCGGGGCCCUGACUUCUACCGCGAGUGGGGCCGAUACUUCGGUCGCCUCCACAUCCACCCCACGUCUGGACACCCGGAAGGCCUCCCGGAGUUGCACCUUGUGUACCGCGACGCCAACACCACCUACAACUUUGAGCAAGAUGAGCGGACAACGUCGACGACGUGGCACUCGGACGUCUCGUACGAGCUCCAGCCGCCCGGGCUCACUACCUUCUUCCUUCUGUCGCAGCCCAAGACCGGCGGCGACACCAUCUUCACGUCGCAGGUGUCAACACUCGCGCGCCUUUCGCCCCAGUUCGUCGCUUUCCUGAAGACGUUGAAGGCGGUCCACUCUGGCUUUGAGCAGGCCGAAUACUCGCGCUCUGGCCGUCGGGGAGGUGUCGUGCGUCGCGACCCCGUCCAGAACGUCCACCCGGUCAUCCGCAAGCACCCCGUCACCGGCGACGAGGCUCUCUACGUCAACCGUCAGUUCACGAGGCGGAUCGUUGGCCUCAAGAAGGAAGAGUCAGACGCCAUCCUCAACUUCCUCUACGACCACAUCGACAAGAGCGUCGACAACCAGGCCCGCAUCAAGUGGCAGCCCAACACCGUCGUCAUUUGGGACAACCGUGUUACGGCCCACUCUGCCAUCAUCGACUUUGAAAAGACCAAUGAGCGUCGCCACGGCGGCCGUAUCACUCCUCAAGCCGAGCGCCCCAUCCCCGCGCUUGCUGGUCUUGAGCUCUGA